AUGGAAUCACGCACAACAAGGGAAGAUGCGAGAUCUAAAGCCACGCAAUUUGCUGGGGCGGGAAGAUUAUUGUAUGCAAAAUCUUUGAACUCCUGGACACGAUCUCUUGGAGAUGAGGACAUGGCAAUCGAUAUCUAUUACGCACUGCAGUCAAUCAUGCUGGAUCCCAAAAAGCGAGAGAAGGCUGAUAUUCCGGAACUCAUAAGUAUACGAAUCACAGAGGACCGUGCUAUUAUCUAUGAUCCCAAAGGAGCUCAGCUUAUUCCAAAAAUUUCACCUAAUACUGCUACUCUCAUUGAUCAUCGCUAUUCCGUUAACAAUCGACAUCUUUUCAAAUAA